AUGCGGGAAGUGUCGGAUCUGCGGUUCCCCACCGAAUGGAACCCUGCUGCACGCUUAUUGAAGAGGAAAAUUAUUAUGCACGUAGGACCCACCAAUUCAGGAAAGACUUACAGUGCCUUGCUGAGGCUUCAAGAAGCAGAUUCAGGAGUCUAUCUUUCACCGUUGCGCCUGCUGGCUCACGAGAUCUUUGAGAGGAUGAAUAAAGUAGGGAAGCCAUGCAACCUAGUGACAGGAGAGGAGAGGCGAUAUGGAGUUCAUGACGUCAAUGGCAUUCCAGAUCCUUUAGCUGCCAAGAUCGUGUCAAGCACGAUUGAGAUGGCAAAUCUUGACAGGAAGGUGGAUAUCGCUGUUGUGGACGAAAUUCAGAUGCUUGCGGAUCCAGAUCGUGGCUGGGCUUGGACGCAGGCAUUAGUCAAUUUGCCUGCCAAGGAAAUUCAUCUUUGCGGCGAGCCGACGGUUGUGGAACUAGUCAAGAAGAUAUGCGCGUUAACGAAUGAGGAGGUGAUUGUCAAUCACUACGAUCGGUUGAGCAAACUUGAGCUACAGGAAGAGAGUCUUCGCGGCAACUUUAAAAAGAUCCAGAAAGGCGAUUGUGUGGUAACAUUCUCGAGAAAAAACAUCUUUGCGGUCAAGAAGGCUAUCGAGGAGGAGACAGGACUCUUAUGUGCCGUUGCUUAUGGAAGCCUGCCACCGGAGAGUCGAUCAUCUCAGGCGAGGUUAUUUAAUGAGCCGGACAGUGGAUACGACGUUCUGGUCGCUAGCGAUGCCAUCGGCAUGGGUCUCAACCUAAACAUCCGGCGUAUCAUCUUCGAGGCAGUAGAAAAGUAUGAUGGAUCAGUCGUGCGUACACUCAGCCUGACCCAACUCAAGCAGAUCGCUGGACGUGCAGGAAGAUUCGGAACGGAUUAUGCCGUGGGACAGGUUACGACCCUGGCUCAGGGCGACAUCCCGACUCUGAAGAGAGCAUUGGCUAUUCCCAUGAUUGAAAUUAACCGCGCUGCAAUUCAAGCGACUCCUGAAAUGAUUGAGGAAUUCUCCGUGCAGAUGCCAGGGGCGCCCUUUUCACAUGUGCUCAGGAUGUUUGAAAUGAUGUCCCGGAACUCGCCCCUCUUUUUCCCGGCGCUCUACCGCAACAUGAUCGCUACGGCAGAGAUUAUUGAUAAGAUUGAGAUGCCAGUGCGUGAGCGGAUUCCAUUCAUCGCUGCACCGAUCCAGCUUCGCAACCCCGCGGUGGUAGACGCGGCGGUCAAGAUGGCCGGAGCUGUGGGUGCAAGCAAGCCUAUUACGGUCGACGAAGUGGUACACGUGCCUGCAGAGGGUUCGAGGGAGGAAGAAAAUCUGGACCUCGGCAAGCUGGAGUCUUCCCAUCGCAUCAUCAUGCUGUAUCUUUGGCUGAGGUAA